AGAGAGAGAGAGAGAGAGAGAGAGAGAGAGAGAGAGAGAGAGAGAUAAAGUUUAGUUGAAAAUUCAAUUGAAAUUUAUCAGAAUGAGUUCAUCAUCAGCUCAAUACGAUCUAUCAUUUAAGAUCUUGUUGAUCGGAGAUUCUGGUGUCGGAAAAAGUAGUCUUCUCCUCAGUUUCGUUUCCAAUUCUCUCGAGGAUAUUUCCCCUACUAUUGGGGUUGACUUCAAAAUCAAGCAGCUUACAGUUGGUGGAAAGAGAUUAAAGCUUACAAUUUGGGACACUGCUGGACAAGAAAGGUUUAGGACAUUAACAAGCUCUUACUACAGAAGUGCUCAAGGCAUAAUUCUUGUAUAUGAUGUUACAAGGAGAGAUACAUUCACAAGCUUGUUAGACAUUUGGGCUAAAGAAGUUGAGCGUUACUCCACUAAUCAAGAUUGUGUCAAGAUGCUCAUUGGAAAUAAAGUUGAUAAAGAUUCAGAAAGAUUUGUAAGCAAGGAAGAAGGUGUUGCUCUUGCGAAAGAACUUGGAUGUUUAUUUUAUGAGUGUAGUGCAACAACUCUAGAAAAUGUACACAAAUGCUUUGAGGAGAUUGCAUUGAAGAUAAUGGAAGUUCCUAGUCUUGUUGAAGAAGGGUCUACAAUAGUGACAAAAAAUUUACUAAAGCCCAAGUCUGAAGAUCAAACAACAACUAUGGACAGCUGUUGCUCAUAAAAAGAAAAAUAAACUUAAGAGAAAAAUGUCAAAAAACUAUAAGUUGUUUUUUUCUUUUUAUUUUAGUUUGCGUGUGUUGUUGUAAAAGAAAAAGUAGAUUGAUGAUGAUUUAGAGGUAGUGAAAGGUUGUUUACUUGUUCUUGUUUGUUAUGUUGUUAUUUAAAACCUUGAUUUUUUUAUGUGUAAUUAUUUGAAAAUGCAUGUUUGGUAAGAGGAAG